UUUUCAACGAAUGAAUGAGAAUACCUACCUUCUACUUGCCGCUACAACUACAUAUUGAUUGACCGAUUGACAGCACAUCUAUUUUAUAAAAAAGACGAUGACAGAACGUAUAUUAGCACAAGCAGACACUUUAGUCAAAUAUGAUAAUCCAGUUUUACAAACUCAACAACCAGACAAGAAAAAAGAAGAAAUCGGUGAUACAGGUGGACCAACUCGUCCAAAAUGUGCCCCACCAUCUGCGGAUGUUCGUCGCGAAGUUGAAGAAAUACUAAAUGCAAUUUUACCACCAAAAGAAUGGGAAGAAGAUGGACAAGCUUGGAGACAACAGGUAUCAACAACACCUGCAACUAGAUUAGAUGUGAUAUCAUUACAAGAACAAUUGGAUAUGCGAUUACAUCAGAGACAAGCCAGAGAAACGGGCAUUUGUCCAAUACGAAGACAAUUAUACACGCAAUGUUUUGAUGAAAUUAUUAGACAAGUAACAAUCAAUUGUGCUGAACGUGGUUUGUUAUUAUUACGAGUGCGUGAUGAACUCAAAAUGACAAUGGAAGCAUAUCAAACUUUAUAUAUUAGUAGUGUAGCUUUUGGAAUGCGUAAAGCUUUACUGUCAGAACAAGGUAAAGCUGAUUUAGAAUCGAAUGUUGAACGAUUGAAGGAUGAAAAAGCAAGUUUAGAAAGACAAUUAAUAGAACAAAGAUCUAAAGCUGAAUUAGCUGAGAGACGUUUUGCUGAACAAACAGCAACAUCAGAACGUAAACAUAAUGAAGAAAUUACAUUGUUAAAGAAAACUAAUUUACAAUUAAAGUCCCAACUGGAAGGCAUUAUAGCACCAAAAAAAGGUUAAUACCAAAACCAUUCAACGAUCAAUGGCACAAGUAUUUUGUUCUUUGUUCAAUAUGUUUAAGAUAUAAUUUUUUAAAUUUUCAAUAAAUAUUUAUGAUUAUUA